AUGCCUGGCAAAAAUGACAAGAAGAAGACGAAACUCGGACACAUUCAAAAACGGGUCCUUAAUGAUAACUUGAUGUUCCUUCACUUGAAGUUUAAAGCAGAAACAUCCCGGAAAAUUUCUUUUGCAACGUUCUGUUGUUUACGACCAGUACACAUAAGUUUGACGAAGUAUAUAUCCAGAAACAAAUGUCUUUGUCAAAAACAUCAAAAUAUGGCCCUCGCACUAAAGAAUAUGAAAACAGCUGGCGCUAACAUUACACUGAACCCUGACGAGUUUAUACGGAAAUUAAAUGAUAUAAAUCCCCAGGACAUAAUUUCGGAAAUUAAAGAUGACAAAAUUAUGUAUGAGCAAUGGAAAAAAGUCGACAUGGCUGAUGGAAAGAAGAGAACAAAGAUAGUACAAAUUGAACUUUCUAAUGCGGAAUUUGUAUCAGCUGUUCUGGUUCAAGUCUGCGAGUUUCAGCAGCAUGUAUCCAGAGUACGUAUUCAAUAUAAAGCUCUUACCAACCUUAAAGAAAAUCUACCUGCUGGAAACGCAAUAGUACAGAUGGACUUUGCAGAAAAUUUUUCAAGCUGUUCAGCAGAUGAGGUACAAAGCGCAUACUGGAAUUCCAGCUCGGUUACAUUACACCCAGUGGUUGUGUAUUACAAAGAUGGCGACGACAAGAUGGCACACACUAAUUAUGUUUUUGUAUCUGAUGACCUUGGUCAAAAUAUAGGAACUGUAUACACAAUCUUACAAAAGUUAAUUCCUAAGAUAAAACAAAAUAUCAAUGAUCUCAAGAAAAUACAUUAUUGGACUGACAGUCCUAGCUCACAGUAUCGCAACAAAACCGCAUUUUACUUAGUGUCUGACCAUCAGAACUUAUUCGGCGUGGAUGCAACCUGGAACUACUUUGAAACAGGCCACGGUAAGGGUCCAUGUGACAGAAUAGGAGGGACGUCCAAGCGUAUAGCAGACCAGGCUAUAAAACAGGGUAAAAUAGUUGUCCAGGACGCCCGCGAGUACUAUGAGCAUGUACAGGUCCAUCACACAAGUGCAACUUAUGUUUUUGUAGAAUCAACAGACUGUGUAAAAUCAAGACUGGAACUUACCGAGAUAAAUAAGACUUUGAAACCAGUGCAAGGAACAAUGCAAAUCCACAGUGUUGUUGGUGUUGCCACGGGUGAGAUAAAGACUUGUAUCACAUCCUGCUAUUGUAACGAUUGCCUUCAAGGUAACUUUCAUGACAUGACUGUUGCGAACGUUAUGAAAUCCCAGAUUAGAAAUGUUCCUGUUGACAUACCGGUUGAUGAGCAGAUUGAACAUGAGAAUGAAACUGUUGGAGUGGUUGAAUAUGUUGAUGAGUCGGAGCGAGUAGGUGAGAUAAAUGAGACGGAGAAUGACGAGGAGGAACGCAAUAAUGAAGAAAAUAGAAGACUGAAUGUCAAAUCUGGUCAGUAUGCGGCAGUUCAGUAUGAAAAGAAAUGGCAUGUCGGCAAGGUAAUUGAGGUAGAUGAAAAUGACAAUGAAUAUUUAGUAACAUUUAUGCGUCCAAGCCAAGGAAAGAACACAGGUCAUUCUCUUUAUGUAUGGCCGAGUAAUGAAGAUGAACUAUGGGUAAAACGUGAUGACAUUUUGUGCGAAAUACACGAACCAGUAAAAGUAGGUAGAAGUGGAAGAAGUUAUGCCAUUUGUCAGGAAGAUAUUGAACUAGCUUCGCGAUUGGUGAAAGCUACGUUACCGAACAGUUAGAACAGGCAAAACAUAUAUAUAUAUGUCAUAAUCAUACGUAAUAAUACAUGUAUAUAAGUUAUAUCUGACGUUUGUUGUUUAUUUUUGUGUUCAAACAAAAACAGAUUAUGGUGUAUGGACAAGAAAUAAGUGGAUUCCUCAUUGUCAUUAAUCUGUAAUUUACGUUACAAGAUUA